UUCCAGAUUGGAUGGAGCACUGAAUCCGUUACCGUACAAGCAACUCCUCCCUCCGCCCGUCCGAACUUAGCCGAUUUCUGUCUCAUCAUGGCUCCGGCGGCGGACAGGCCGGGCUACUGGGGAACACCGACCUCAACUCUCGACUGGUGCGAGGAGAAUUAUGUGGUCUCGUAUUACAUCGCAGAAUUCUGGAAUACCGUCAGUAACCUGAUAAUGAUCCUACCUCCCAUUUACGGAGCCAUUCGGACGUGUAAAGAUGGUUUGGAAGUGCGCUAUGUGUGCUCAUUUUUAGGACUCGCUGCCGUAGGCAUUGGCUCAUGGAGCUUUCACAUGACUCUACAGUAUGAAAUGCAGUUACUGGACGAGCUGCCGAUGAUCUACAGCUGCUGCGUCUUUGUCUACUGUCUAUACGAGUGCUUCAAGCAAGAGCGCGCUGUUAACUAUUCCUCAAUUACACUUUUGCUGACCUUCAGUAUUAUUGUUAGUGUGGUUUACCUGAUAUGGAAAGAGCCUGUCUUUCACCAGGUCAUGUAUGCCGUACUAGUGGCUUUCUUGGUGAUUCGCUCAGUUUUCAUAGUCACAUGGGUCUAUCCGUGGCUCAGAGCCCUCGGCUUUACGUCAUUAACCGUCUUCCUGUUGGGAUUCGUAUUAUGGAACAUCGAUAAUUUCAUGUGUGACUCUCUAAGAGCCGCACGGCAGCGUCUGCCUCCUGUGUUCGGGGCGGUUACGCAGCUUCACGCCUGGUGGCACAUCCUAACAGGCCUGGGCUCAUAUCUGCACAUACUCCUCAGCCUACAGAUUCGGUCAACCUACCUCAAGCACAGACCAAAAGUGAGGUUUUUAUGUGGCGUUUGGCCGAUGCUGCACAUUGAAUCUCAGAAGGCGAGUUGAAAGGGACCUGAGAAGAGGAAGAUGGACCAAUCACAGACCUCAGACAGAAAGAGGUCCAGCCAAUGAGCUUCAGCGGCAACAGGAAGUGACCGGCGGCUGACGGUUUGGUUCCCCUUCCGACUCCGUUUGCCAAGUGCAUUACUGAGAAAACUGCCAAACGAAGGAAACAUGUUGUCUUUAUUAUAGGUUAGAUGAGAGUUUUGUAGGGGUCUUGUGAUUUUGCACGUCAUUUUCCUAUAAAUCGGAAGCAGCCAAAACUAGGAUUCUGUUCUGGUUAGUAUUUCUGCCUUCAUGAGGGAAAAUAAUAUGGCUUUGAUGGAUCAUAUCUGGUCAGUUUGACAGUUUUCAUAUUUUGUACUUGAACUUAAUUGAACUAGCUUGAGAUUAUGCAAAAAUUUCACUUAUCUCGACACUUUUAGAGAUCGUGAAGGUCAAAUUAAACAGAUCAGAAAAAUAAACGAGUGUUGAUAAGGAAGAUCUUCGUCCUUAAGAAUUAUUGAGGCGUUUAGGGAUGAGAUACAUGCACAUUUGACGGUAAUAAGGUCAUUUUACUGUUUCAGAGAUACAGUAGCAUGUUACAUAAUUGUGUCCAUGUCACACAUAUAAAUGCAUAUUUAUAAUAUUUGUAAUUAACAAUAGUCAUAAGCUGCUCUGCAAAACAAAUUGAGUCUGAGUGUUUGUGUAUAAACCUGAACCAGUUUGCCCUUUAAACAUUUCAAGGCCCUCAUGUGACCAAUAUGCAAUCAAAUGGAUUUAAUUUAUUACAUUUUUGGUAAAAGGGUGUGUUAAUGUGAACAGUUUAUGAAGGACUUAUCAUGCAUGCUUAUUAACAUUGAGCUGAUGCAUUAUUACUUAACUGCUGUUAUUUAUCAUUAGCAAAUGAAUGUCUCAUAAACUAGAUUAUAUUCUCAUCUCCAACACUGACUACUUGAAAUGCCACUAGUCAUGCUGGCUGUCAACAAAAACAGUAAAGGGUGGUUACGAAUGAAGUCAUAUACUAUUAUUGAUUCAUCAUUUGUUUAUGUAUUGUGCCAAGUUAAUGGUUCCAUAAGAACUCAAUCAUCUGUAAAGCACAGUUGACUAAAAUAAAUCGUAUUUAAUCCGAUGAGACGAACACGCACAUGUUUCAGAUAUUAAAGCGCUGCUGUUGGUUUGGACUCAUGUUUGGACCACUAAGGAUGCCUUAGAUUAAACUGUGGUUUAUUCCUUGUUGCCUUGAUGUCCAUUAUAUUAAAUAAUUAUGAAGUACAUAUUCCAUUACAUAAAAUGAUUCAAACAAAAACAAAGAUGUCAACAUUUUUGCUGAAUACAAAUGAACAAUCAACAGCAAAAUUACUGCCACUAUCCCAGUUUAGUGCUUAAAUCCACUGAUAAUAGUGGACCUCUAAUCUUGCUUAUGACUGAAAUGUUGAGUUAUAAUAUGGAAUAUUGUAGCUGACCUUCCUAGCAUUGUCUUGUAAAGCCUGUGUAAUGAUUUAAGUGUGUAUUUUGUGAUUUUUUUGUGCCUCAUUAAAAUCUAUGUUGCCAAAACUAAUAAUGUAACUAAUUAAAAAC